GUGAGCAUAGACCAUGGGCUCCUAGUGAUAGCGCUGUACAGAAACCAAGAGGGAGGGAGAGGAUAGGUUGUUCAACUGACUUGACUGUACAUUUACAGUGCUUGGGCACAAGCAAGGCACAUGUGAUCCUGUGGAGCGGGUUCCCUGUGAAAUGUAAAAAUGUACUUAUUGACUAAAGUACCUGGGACUUUGGGGUUUGUUUAGACCCAUUUAGACUUGGAUAUCUAUGUAUUGAUGAGGAACGGCUGAGAGACAUCAGUGAACAUUUGCAAGGUGUCCGCUCGGAAGGCGCGUCUUAAGGAGGAGAAACCAAGACGGUUCCUAGAUGAUUGGAUGCGUUUCUCUUGAACCCAGUAUAAACAGUUUAUACUUUAGUUUAGGUUGUCAUUUCAUAUUGUAUGGUUUCGUACUUAUUGGAAAAAUAGACAUGGCCAUUACAAGUUAACUUGUGGGAAAAGCAGCUGGAAUUUCAGAUGAUCGCGAGUGAAUAAUUUGUUUUUACGGCUGUGGAUAUGAAUCUAUCCCGGGCUCGAACGUGCUACAAUGAAUCCUCUAAAUUAUUGGACAUCUCAACUGGCUUUAGUCAGUAACUAGGACCUAUAUAAAUUUCAAACUAUUGAAAUAAAUCUAUUUGCUGCUGUUUGGACAUAUUUUCCCGGCUUUAUCCAAGGAUUUGCGCGUAAACCGUGGAUGUUUAAUAUGCUAGUAUGGGUCCGCUAGCGUUCAUCCUUGUUGCUGGAUUAUUGCACUUUCAAGUUGAUGGAUCCCGUCUGCGUCAGGAGGACUCCCCACCCCGGAUCGCGGAGCACCCCUCUGACUUGAUCGUGUCCAAAGGGGAGCCGGCCACCCUCAACUGCAAGGCAGAGGGGCGGCCCAGCCCCACGGUGGAGUGGUACAAGGACGGGGAGCGGGUGGAAACGGACAAAGACGACCCGCGGUCUCACCGCAUGCUCCUUCCCAGUGGCUCCCUCUUCUUUCUACGGAUCGUCCACGGACGACGCUCCAAACCGGAUGAGGGCUCCUACGUCUGCGUCGCCCGCAACUACCUGGGAGAAGCCGUCAGUCGCAAUGCGUCCUUGGAAGUAGCAUUGCUGCGUGAUGACUUCCGACAGAACCCUACAGACGUGGUGGUGGCAGCCGGGGAGCCGGCCAUCCUGGAGUGUAUCCCGCCUAGAGGUCACCCUGAACCAACCAUCUACUGGAAGAAGGACAAAGUACGCAUCGAAGACAAGGAGGACAGGAUUACAAUCCGAGGAGGGAAGCUGAUGAUCUCCAACACCAGGAAGAGUGAUGCUGGCAUGUUCAUCUGUGUUGGCACAAACAUGGUGGGAGAGAGAGACAGUGAGACGGCCCAGCUGACUGUGUUUGAGCGUCCCACCUUCCUGCGUCGGCCCAUCAACCAAGUGGUCCUGGAGGAGGAGGGGGUAGAGUUCCGGUGCCAGGUGCAGGGAGACCCCCAGCCCAACGUACGCUGGAGGAAGAAUGAUGUUGAUGUGCCCCGUGGGAGGUACGAGAUCAAGUAUGACAAGGAGGACUACCUGCUGAGAGUGAAGAAGGCAUCGGCCAGUGACGAGGGCACCUUCACCUGCCUGGCAGAGAACCGGGUGGGCAAGGUGGAGGCCUCUGCCAGCCUCACCGUCAGAGCUCGCCCUGUCGCUGCACCCCAGUUUAUCAUCAGGCCGCGGGACCAGAUCGUGGCCCAGGGUCGCACCGCCACCUUCCCCUGUGAGACCAAGGGCAACCCCCAGCCUGCAGUCUUCUGGCAGAAGGAGGGUAGCCAGAACCUGCUGUUUCCCAACCAGCCCCAGCAGCCCAACAGUCGCUUCUCUGUGUCCUCCAGUGGAGACCUGACCAUCUCGGCCGUGCAGCGGGCAGACGCAGGCUACUACAUCUGUCAGGCCUUGACCGUGGCUGGCAGCAUCCUCGCCAAGGCCCAACUAGAGGUCACAGAUGUGCUGACAGACAGGCCACCGCCCAUCAUCCGUCGGGGACCGUCCAAUCAGACACUGAGGGUGGACAGCGUGGCCCUUCUGAAGUGCCAGGCGUCAGGAGACCCCAUCCCCUCUAUCAGCUGGCUGAAGGACGGGGUCAGUCUGCUGGGGAAGGAUCCCCGCAUGUCCCUCCAGGACCUGGGCAGCCUCCAGAUGAGGAGCCUCAGGCUCUCUGACUCUGGGAUCUACACCUGUGUGGCUGCCAGCUCCAGUGGAGAGACAUCAUGGAGCGCCUUCCUGGAGGUCAAAGACCAAGCUGGGGUGAUGGUCAUUAAGAACCGGGAUGACAAUGAGCUCCCUGGCCCUCCCUCCAAACCCCAGGUCACUGACGUCACCAAGAACAGCGUCUCGUUGUCUUGGCAACCCGGCCUGGCUGGGGCCACGCCCAUCUCCUCUUUUGUGAUCGAAGCCUUCAGCCAGUCGGUGAGCAACAGUUGGCAGACGGUUGCGGACCACGUGAAGACCACGCAGUACACGGUCAAAGGCCUGCGCCCCAACACCAUCUACCUGUUCAUGGUACGGGCGGUCAACACCCAGGGCCUCAGUGACCCCAGCCCCAUGUCAGAGCCUGUCAGGACACAAGACAUCAGUCCUCCAGCCCAGGGAGUGGACCACAGGCAUGUGCAGAAAGAGCUGGGGGAGGUCAUAGUUCGUCUGCACAACCCGGUCGUCAUGAGCCCCACCACCAUUCAGGUCACUUGGACGGUGGACCGUCAGUCUCAGUUCAUCCAGGGAUACAGAGUUCUGUACAGGCAGACAUCUGGCAUGUUUUCCCCAGGACCCUGGCAGACCCAGGAUGUGAAGGUCCCCUCUGAGCGCAGUGUGGUCCUCUCCAACCUCAAGAAAGGCAUUGUCUAUGAGAUCAAGGUCCGGCCCUACUUCAAUGAGUUCCAGGGCAUGGACAGUGAGUCCAGGUCGGCUCGCACCACAGAGGAAGCUCCCAGUGCCCCUCCCCUGCAGGUUACAGUCCUGACGGUGGGCAACCAGAACAGCACCUCCAUCAGCAUCUCCUGGGACCCCCCUCCUCCAGAACACCAGAAUGGCAUCAUCCAGGAGUACAAGAUCUGGUGCCUAGGGAAUGAGACACGCUUCCACGUGAACAAGACAGUUGAUGCAGCCAUCCGGUCGGUGGUCGUGGGGGGGCUUCAAGUGGGGGUGCUGUAUCGGGUGAAGGUGGCUGCCAGCACCAGUGCAGGGGUGGGGGUCAAGAGUGAACCUCAACCUAUUGUCAUUGGUAAGGACUUCCGUGACGUGAUCAUAAGUGGGAACAGGAACAACAGCAUCACGGAGCAGAUCACAGACGUGGUGAAGCAGCCAGCGUUCAUAGCGGGGAUCGGAGGGGCCUGCUGGGUUAUCCUCAUGGGCUUCAGUAUCUGGCUGUACUGGAGGAGGAAGAAGAGGAAGGGGCUCAGCAACUACGCAGUUCAGUCCUUCACCUUCACCCCUGCAGUGACGUUCCAGCGUGUUGACGGCGGUCUGAUGAGCAAUGGAAGCCGACCAGGCCUGCUGAAUGCCAGUGACGCAGGCUACCCGUGGCUGGCUGACUCCUGGCCUGCAACCAGCCUGCCUGUCAAUAGUGGCUCCGGGGGACCCAACGACCUCAGUAACUUUGGAAGAGGAGACACCAGUAGUAAUGGGGAUAAGAGCGGCACCAUGCUGUCUGACGGAGCCAUCUAUAGCAGUAUAGACUUCACCACCAAGGCUAACUACAACAGCCCCAGCCAGGGCUCCCAGGGAGCCACCCCCUAUGCCACCACACAGAUCCUCCACUCCAGUAGCAUCCAUGAGCUGUCCGUGGACCUCCCUGAGGCCCAGUGGAAGGCCUCCAUCCAGGCCAAACAGGAGAUGGCCAACCUGGGGUACUCCCUGCCUGACAAGAACUCCUGCAACAACACACUCCUUUUCAUUCCUGACUACCGAUUGGCCGAGGGAUUGUCUAAUAGAAUGCCACACAACCAAUCACAAGAUUUCAGCACCACCAGCUCUCACAACAGCUCAGACCGAAGCGGCAGCCUAUCAGGUGGUAAGGGGGGUAAGAAGAAGAAGGCCAAGGUUGGCACCAAACCCACCAAGACUAACGGCUCCAGCUGGGCCAACGUGGCCCUGCCCCCUCCCCCUCUACACCCUCUCCCUGGCACCGAGAUGGACCACUACCCCAACGAGCACUAUGAAGGAGUAGGGUAUGAGGGUGAUGGCUGGGGUCCUCCCAUGCCCGUGCAGACCUACCUCCACCAGGGAAUGGAGGAUGAGCUAGAGGAGGAGGAAGAGAGGGUCCCCACCCCACCCAUUCGUGGUGUGGCUUCGUCCCCAGCAGCGGUGUCCUUCGGCCAGCAGUCCACGGCCACCCUCACCCCCUCUCCCCGGGAGGAGCUGCAGCCCAUGCUCCAGGCCCACCUGGAUGAGAUCACCCGUGCCUACCAAAUAGACAUGGCCAAACAGACAUGGCUCAUGCAGGGUGGCUCCCUCCCCCCUCUCCCUCCCCAGGCCCCCGCCCCUCCGGUGGGGUACGUGUCCAGCACCCUGGUGUCUGACCUGGAGACUGACAUCCCUGACGAGGAUGAGGAGGAUGAGGAAGAGGAGGAGGAGGAAGGCUAUGAGAUGUCCAGGCCUCUCUAUGGUAUUGAGCACACGCCAGGGUCCAGCAUGGACAACCUAGACAGCUCCGUAACAGGGUCCAUGGUUAACGGCUGGGGGUCAGCCUCAGAGGAAGAUGACCGUCACUACUCCAGCCACAGGUCCAGUGUGGGCAGCUCCUCUGAUGGGUCCCUCUACACCCACUGUAGCUUCGCCCAGGUCCUGGUGGCAGCCGCUGACAAGGCAGGCUACCACCUGGAGGGCACCAGCCUGGCCAAGAGAGGGAAAGGGCUGUCCCACCGGGCCCGGCCCAGCAGUCCCUUCUCUACAGAUGGCAGCACUGUGGGCACACAUAGCCUGGGCCACCAGAGGGCUGCCCGGCCCACCCGCAAACCCCGGGGACAGGGCACGGCGCCCCACAGGAGAGACGCCAGUGCAGACGACCUACCUCCUCCCCCUGACCCCCCGCCCAUCCAGGGACCAGGUUAUAUCCAGGGGGCCCGUAGUGUAGGCGGAAUGGGCCCCCCAGCCGAGAGGCAGGCAUCGUCCCUGGAGCGCCAGCCCAUGUGUGGCGCCAUGCCCCUGUCUGGGCUGGAGGAGAUGAAGAGCUGCAUGGACAGACAGACACGCACCUCUCUGGAGCGGCACUGCCAGGCCCAGGACAGACUAGCAUUCAUGGACCGAGGAGACGACCCACGCAGGGGACACAAAACAGAAGCGGGGUGCCUGCCCCCCUACAGUAAACCCUCGUUCCCCUCCCCCGGGGGCCACAGCUCCUCUGGGACAGCCUCCUCCAAGGGCUCCACGGGGCCACGCAAGGGAGAGGGGCCUCGAGGGCCACACCAACGGGCUGCCACAGACCACAGCGACUACCUGGGGACCAACGGAUCUGGACAUUACGCGGCCGAGUUAUAGUGACCUGCCUGCAGUAGGAUCUGAACUGGAGAAAGCCUCGUCGUCCUCAUCAGAAUGAAGCCUCACCCGACUGUGCAAUGAACUUUGUCUUUGUUUGUGUGUUAUCAGAGGAGAGGAGCAGGAAGAUGACGAUGAUGACCACCAUAACAGAACUGUAUAUGUGAUGUAUAAACACAGACAUACAUACUGUACAUCCCACUAUGUUGUUGUCCUCAACUCAAUUAUUUCUCACCUCCCACCUUUAUUUUUUUUCAGUCAGACAAUAGCAACUAAACAAAACAGAUAAAACGUCUAUAUGAGAAAACUCAUUUUCAAAAUAACCUUACUUGGGGAAAAAAUGGAAUCUUGUUUCCUGUAAAUAGAUUAUUUACGUUGUUGUUGCAUUGCUAUGCAAGCCUACUUCAGUUUUAGCGUCCUCUUGGUUAUAUCUAGUCAUUUGUAUUAUAUUUGAAUUGAUAGGCUGUUGUGCCAUAAAAUACUUGUUUUAUAAUCCAUCAUUUGUUAAUAGCUAUCAUUGAUUCAUUAUUAUAAUUAUUAUUAUUAAUUAUUGUUUUUUUGCACUGUGAUUUUUGGUGAUAAGCACAAAAGCAUAGCUCCUACUGACAGGAAGAAAAGGACCAACAUUUGAAGAGGAGUUUCUGUAGAGAGAUGAGAAAUGAUAUACUAAUGUACAGAGAGAUAUUAAAGAGUGAGGGGUUGCUUAUGGACAGCAACUAAAUGGAUGCCCAUUCCCAAGUUAGGACUAAUCAGAAAGAAGAUGGGGUUUGUUAGUGUAUUAGAGGUAGGGGGCCAGAGAAGAGGCAGAGAGGGGGAGGGGGGCUUGUUCAAUGUGUACAGAGGCUAUGAGCAAGAUGAUGACUUGUCUCUCCUCUAACUAUGAGUUGAUUAUUGGAUGAGCUUCGAUCCUACAUAAUCUGAUUAUAUUGUAAACCGUAUAGUCCUACAAAUGGGCUGAUAUAGACUUGUUAGAGCUGGCAGUUGUGAGGCUGUCCAAGCAUUGUCUUGUUUUCAGAACAUAACACAGCCACAAUGGACGUCUAGCUGGACCCUCAUCUUCAUUCCAGCGUUUGAACACAAUUUAUUUGAUUCUAUCUUCAUCUCAUCUUCUUUGAUUCUAUUUUCCAUUGAAUUCUAGAGUUUUUGUUGUCAUCCGAAGAUCAUUUGUAUAAUCCGUUUGUAUAAUCUGAAGCCACAGCACUUAAAAUACACUAUGAAGAGCCUCAAAGCCAUGGUUCAGAAGGUCUAAUCUAUAAUCUAACACUGACAAAGGACUUCCUUUUGAUCAUCCCUUCCUUUUGAUAAACUCUGGAUUGGGUUGAACCCAGUUGUAGAAAUAACUAACAUUGAUACUAAAGGAUUUCUCUAUUGCCAGGAAAGAAGAUUUAGGAUAGGUCCAUUUUUUUUUGUCCAAAAGUCAACAUUUUAUUUUGUCGUCCAUUUUAAAUUAUGUUUUCUUAAUUUAGAGCACUCAAUGUACUCCACAUCCAUGGCAUCCCAUGGAAAACAACACAGUGGCCUGUUUUAUAUCUGUUUCAGUCGGAGCACUGCAGUCCCUACCCUGAAGUAUGGUACUGUGUUCUGAUUAGCAUACAAUAGAGCACUAACUAGACUCCCUAUUGGGACUCAAAUUCCCAGAAUGCAUCAGAUAGUGGAGAGGAAGGCAGGUAGAGUACAGUCAGAAUGGAGAAGAGCCACCUGCAGUAGCAGAUCCCACUGCCUCUGUCUCUACAGCAUAGACCACUACUUUCUAUCUGCCUAACAGUCACAAAACGUGUUCCUUCUGCCGGCAGCGUGGAACUAUUCAGCCUCAGAUGUUCACUUUGUAUCUUUUCAAACAAUGUUCUUAUCCUUUUUUUUAAAGCCUGUUUCUUUGUAUGCCUUUUAUGGACUUAAAAGUACUGCUUAAUAAUGUUUUCAAAAUCAACGUUCACAAUUUUACUGGUUCAGUGUUUCUUUCGUGUCUUCUUUAGUACUGCUUAAUGUUGAUAAAAGGAGAGCUGGAAAGGAAACUGAAGACGUUGUCAGAUAUGCUGUUGUACUGUCACGUUUAUGUCACUGUCAUAUCAUAUCAUCAACCUAGUGGCCAGUGUUCUGGAAAUGAGGUGCAAGGAGUAUCUCAGGUUAUUUUACAUUCUGGCGGUGUUCAUGUAUGUGUGUAUAUAUGUGUAUAUAUUCAUAUGCAUCUCCAGUCAGUUAUUUCAUUCCAAUUUCAUUGCUGAAAGAUAUCCCCCUUUUAUGUACGAUGCUGUCCUGUUUCAUUUAUUUUCGCCAGUGGUUUUAAUUCCAAGUUUAAAGUGCUGGUCCAUCCACCUUAAGGCAAGAUGUCAGUAACAGAACAUACCAAAUUAAUAUCGAUAUUUCUAAUGUCUAAUGCGUUUUUGUCUUUUUAAUACUCAUGGUUUUCCUUUAAAUCACUGUGUUGUUGUUUUGUAUUUAUUAAAAUGAUAAUAAAAAGGUAUAUUGUGAAAUAUGCAUAAAGAUUUGUGGAAUAUUAAAAGAAAUGUCUUUUUUUCUGUUGGAGAAGGCCUGGGGAUGGGCAACUCCAGUCCUCAGGGGCGGAGUGCUGCCACACUUUGUCCCCAUCCCUAGUAAACACAGCUGAUGAAAAUAAUUGCAUUCAAAACUGAAGGUCAUGAUUGGUUGAUCAUUGGAGUCAGGUGUGUUAGUGGGGGCUGAGGCAAAAGUGUGACACCAAUCAGGCCCCCUGAGGACUGGAGUUGCCCAUCCCUGAGCAAGGCCAGAAGGACUUGAUGGUCUCUCCAGGUGCAAUGCUGAGUCAUUAGUUGUCAGAGAUACCCGAGUCACUCGGUCCUGCAUGUUAUCUACUCUGCUUCCUCUCAUCUCAAAACAAAAGAAACUAAAACCUUUUCCAAACACAAACAGCGAUAUGUUCCUCAUUUGCUUGAUACGACAAUAGAUACAAAUGUUCUUUUUUGGGAGGUUGAUAAGUACUUUCCCUCUCUUUUGUUACUUUUCUCAGUAUUGUUGGAUCUGUGUGUUGCCUUUUUGCAAAAAAAGAGGAUUGAAGAAAGGCAAAAAUAGGAAGUUGUCUUUCUUUACAGUGCGGGGCAAGGUGAUACCCUCUCUCCAAUGCAAUUUAUACAUUCUCAUAUCUUUCCUGUAAACAACCUUCUGUAUUCACUUGCAUGUCCUUGUCCAAGAACAAGAAAACUUUUACAAGUCCCAUCCCCAUGUCCUGUAAGAUAAAUCAAAGUUAUUUUCUUUCCUUGUACCUGGAUCACUACCAACAAAUAAAAUAUUAAAACAAAUGUGAA